AUGUGGGCAAGCGUUGUCAAGCUCCAGGAAAAGCUGAAAGUCUAUGCAGGACUGAGGAACAAUCUGGAACUGCAGGCUCAAGAGGAGAAGGACAAAGUUCGGAAGGUGUUCGAGGAGCAGGGGCAGGCGCUGAGGAACAGAGAGAGGCAGCUCCUCCGCCAGGUGGACGUCCUCACGGCCCAUCAGAUGUCCCUCUAUCUCGUCCAUCAUGCCACCCUCCAUCAGCUUCUCGGCAGCGCGAAGACGGCCCAGAUCGCGAUGGCGUCAGUUGAGGAUCCCAGCAAGCAUAAUCAGCUGGCUGCAUUGAAGGAAAAGAUUAUUGAGAGCUUGAACCAGCUUCCAAACGAGGUGAACCACGCACCGCCGCUGAUGUCUUCGUAUGAUUCGAGCGCCCUGAUGGAAGCCAUACAGGGAUUUGGUCGCAUCCAAUCCACAGCCAUCUUCCCUCGUCUGGAUGGGAAGGCCUCACUUCUCUUGCCUUUCAGCCAUGAGGAGUAUAAUGAAGUGCCAGAAGAUCUGCUGCAGUCAAAGCCCCUCAUGGGAACACCAUCGAUGAUUCGAUUCUCCUUCCCGAGACCAUCGUCCUUGGAGAAGCACCAGUGGCUCCUCAACACUAAUUGCUUCCAGAAGGAGACCGAGAAGAAGGGAGAAAAGACUGGAAAGUCUGGGGAUCUGGAGCAUUGGCUGGCCCAAUUGAAACACACUCCCGAGGCCGAUGAGGAGCCAGAGAGUGAUUUUGUCAACAUCCACCGUGACUCCGAACCAUCAGAGAGCAUCGAGGUCAUCUCCACAUCUGAGGUCCCCUCUAUUCCCAACUCCACCAAGGGCUAUGCAUGCAAUUGCGCAUCCCCACCAGAGGAGGUGGAGAUUGAGAACUUGGAUACCAUCAACUGCCUGCAGGAGAGCUCGGAGUGUGCAAUCUUGCACUCGUUUUGUCAAAACUUAGGCGAGAAGUGCAACAAGUUGGAGGAAUGCUGCAUGGGCGAGGAGCGCCACUGCAUCCGACAGGCUCUGAGCAAGAAGACCCACGACAUAUGGCUCCUCAAAACGCAGGAGCGAUGCGUCGAGCUGCCGGCUUCGGGGAAGGAUUUCCGCGUGAAGCUGGAGGCCCUGCAGAAGGAUGGCUCGCAUUCCUGGCUCCUUCGUCGUUCGCUCAGAGAGACCCAGGAGAUGAAAUCGGAUGCCCAGGUGGUCCAGGAAGCGGCUGCAAAACCGAACCUGAACAACUGGUUGCUGAGACCUGGCGCACCGCAAUGCGAAGUGCGUUGCGUCAACGACACCAAGAAGGAACGCAAUGCGGAGUGGAGUUGGCGACUGACGGGGAAAGACGAGGCGGAACAAGAUGAGGCCAAAGGAGAUGAUGCGAAAGAGGGAGAGGCCAAGCAAGAGGAGGUGAAACAGGGCGAUGCCAAGGAAGGCAUGGUCGUGCAACUGGCGAUGAAGGAUAUGCUGAGAUCCUACAUGCAAUCGCGUGGGAAUCGCAACUGGCUCAAGGGUGGUCCGGUGAAGCCGAUCUCGGCGUCCCCCAUCCGCGUCUGGCUCCUCUCGCAGCAGAUCUGAUGGAACCCUCUUUCUAAUGCUUAAAUCUUUCACUUCAUGCUUUGCUUUUUUUGCUUUUGUUUCAAUCCUGCUUUUCUUUAUGCUUCUUGACUAUCAAAGAGAUCAUAUUACGUUACGGUGACAACUUUCUGGUGGUUGAUUCAUUGCUUUUCAGAGUUUUCUCAUUGUUGCGUUCGACUCUGUUUUACUUUGAGGGAUAUAAUUUCUUUCAGCUUCUCGUUGUGUAGUGGCUGUUGUCAGUUAUGUCACACAAAAAACACUCUGAAUAAAGUUUAUAGCUACUCUACUCUGCACA